AUGACCAGUGGUGCCCAACAAGCUUUAAGAAGAACCAUGGAGAUAUAUAGUGACACCACCCGAUUUGCCUUUGCUUGCAAUCAAUCAAAUAAAAUUAUCGAACCGUUGCAAAGUCGGUGUGCUAUAUUGAAAUUUAACAAGUUGACGGAUGAACAAGUUUUGAAAAGAUUGUUGGAAAUUAUUAAGUUGGAGGGUAAUAUAGACUAUACUAAUGAUGGUUUGGAAGCUUUAAUUUUCACUGCAGACGGCGAUAUGAGACAAGCAAUAAACAAUUUGCAAAGUACAGUUGCUGGGUUUCGUUUAGUUAAUGGUGAUAAUGUUUUCAAAAUUGUUGAUUCUCCACACCCAUUAAUAAUUACCAAGAUUAUUUUAAGCGACAGCUUAGAUGAAGCUUUAGAUCAACUGAAAAAGUUAUGGAAUGAUGGAUACUCGCCAACAGAUAUUAUAACCACGUUUUUCAGAGUUGUUAAGAAUUUGAAUCAAUUGAAAGAGCCAACCCGUUUAGAGAUGAUGAAAUUUAUUGGUUUCACGCAUUUAAGAAUUUUGGAAGGUGUUACUACUUAUCUACAAUUGGCUGGAUUAGUUUGCAAUUUACAUAAACUUAAAUAA